GGCGGGACAAGUUACGGCUUAUAUAUCUGAAACAGUUCAAUCUGCUCAAGAAGACAAGAAACUCGAAAAUGUCGGUUGUGUGCACGUCUCUCGGUCGCAGCGCUGUUGCUAUACGCAACUGUAGGGUAUCUGUGCUGGUGCGAUAUGCCCAGACCGCUGCUGCCCCUGCCCCUGAGCCAAGAAUGAAGACAUUUCAGAUUUACAGAUGGGACCCUGACACACCUGGUGACAAGCCACGCAUGCAAACCUAUGAAAUUGAUUUGAACACAUGUGGUCCUAUGGUUCUUGAUGCCCUCAUCAAAAUUAAAAAUGACAUUGACCCAACGCUGACCUUCAGACGUUCCUGUAGAGAGGGUAUAUGUGGUUCGUGUGCUAUGAACAUCAAUGGGGGCAACACAUUAGCCUGUUUAAACAAAAUUGAUUCAAAUACCAGCAAAGUGACAAAGAUUUACCCUCUGCCUCACAUGUAUGUUGUGAAAGAUCUUGUCCCUGACAUGAGCAACUUUUAUGCACAGUACAAGUCCAUCGAGCCUUAUCUGAAGAAGAAGGAUGAGUCAAAACAGGGAAAGGAACAGUACCUUCAGUCGAUCGAGGACCGUCAAAAGCUGGAUGGCCUUUAUGAAUGCAUUCUAUGUGCAUGCUGCAGCACAAGUUGUCCAAGUUACUGGUGGAACGGAGACAAGUACCUUGGACCAGCUGUGCUUAUGCAGGCAUAUAGGUGGAUGAUUGACUCUCGUGAUGACUUUACAGAAGAGCGUCUUUCCAAAUUACAGGACCCUUUCUCCCUCUACCGCUGUCAUACAAUAAUGAACUGUACAAAGACUUGUCCCAAGGGACUCAAUCCUGGAAAAGCCAUAGCGCAAAUUAAGAAAAUGAUGGCGACUUAUAAAGAAAACAGAUCAUCUGCUAGUUGAUUUGUAUGUUUGGGAAAUAAUGUACUAUAUGUACUCAUUGAUUCAGUUCAUUUAAAUGACUGUAAAUUUAUAAAUUCAUUCAUUAUGAAAAAAGCUCAUUUUUUUUGUAAAUAUAAAUCAAAAGGGCCAGCGAGCUUGUGUGUGUGUGUGUGUGUGAGAGAGAGAGAGACAGGUAAAGACAAAAAUUUUAAAAGGUGUGCUCUGAGAAAACAAAUAAUAAUAAACAUAUAUAUACAGAGUUGGGAAGGUUACUUUUAAAAAGUAUUCCGCUACAGAAUACAUGCUGUAAAUGUAAUUUGUAGGGUAUUCCGUUGAAUUAUUCAAAGUCAGUAAAGUAAUCUAAAUAAAUUGGAUUACUUCUUCAGCAGUGGCAGAUUUGUUUCACUUCUUUUGACCCUAAACAAGUAAAUAAAGUAAGAAAAUACAUUAUCUGAAGCCUAAAUAUCUUAUUAAAGUAUAAUAAUAAUAUAAUAAUAAUAUCUUACAGAAUUGUUAAAUCAGCCCAUCUGGCACCAACAAUCAUGCCAUGGUCCAAAUCACUGAGAUCACAUUUUUCCCCAUUAACUGAAGCUCCUGACCUGUAUCUGAAUGAUUUUAUGCACUGCACUGCUGCCACAUGAUUGGCUGAUUAGAUAAUUGCAUGGAUAAUUGUUGGUGCCAGACGGGCUUGUUUGAGUAUUUCUGUAACUGCUAAUCUCAUGAAAUUUUCACACACAACUGUCUCUAGAAUUUACUCUGACUGGUGCCAAAAACAAAAAACAUCCAGUCAGCAGUGUGGACGAAAAUGCCUUAUUGAUGAGAGAGGUCAACAGAGAAUGGCCAAAUUGGUUUGAACUGACAAAGUCUAUGGUAACUCCGAUAACUGCUCUGUAUAAUUGUAGUGAGAAAAAUAGUAUCUCGGAAUGCUAUUCUUUUAGGGGCUGUUUUGGCGGCACGAGGUGGGACCUACACAAUAUUAGGCAGGUGGUUUUAAUGUUGUGGCUGAAUGGUGUAUGUAACAGCA